AUGUUCACAACUUUGGGUUUAUUUGACGGCAUUCCCUGCCCACAGGGUACGCAAUGCUCUCUUGUAACCUGUCUGUUCUCGCAUAAGGCCCAGGCUUUCAAUCCGUCUGCGGCUGAGAAACGCGCUUUUAGCUCAGUUGAGAGCGAGCGUCCUUCCAAGAGGCUUAAGGCUGAAGACUCCACCCUAUCAUCAGACUCGAGCUUGAACCCAUCUACUCAUUUUCAAGUUCAAGAACGUUCAACAAAUUCGCCAGUGGCCGCGACUAGGUCGAAGCAACAAUCACAAAGCUCCAGGUCGGGCGUUUCCAAGCUGUCAUCGAUUUCUCGGGGAGUCUCUCCUCCUCCAGGACGCACAGAGUCUAAAGCUACAAGCCAAGGAACUGAAAUUGAGGCUGCGGCCACUUCGUUAGAGCGGGCUACUUCACAACUCCCUCCUCGAAAGGUGCCAAAAGAAAGCCUCAAUCCUCGAAUGCUUCCAAAGGCCCCAGCCAAUCAUGCCGUUCGGACAGCCAUCCUGACGAAGCUACAUGCUGGCAUGUCAGCACUCAAUGACAAACUUGCCAAGGAAAAGGAUACUUCAAACAAAUGCUUUGUCCUCAACAAAAAUGAGCUUGUGACAAUGGCCCUGGACGAAGAGGAAAAGGUAGCCAGGGAUAACCCCGGGGUUUACUCCAAUGUCAUCAAGCUUCGGAUAGUAAAAUUGACGAAGAUGGCGAUGGAAGAAUGGACAAAAGAGGUGAUGGCUCAUCUCAAUUCUCGGUAUUACAAAAUUCAGCCCAUUGAACCAAGCACGCAGCAGCUGUCAAAGCCUAUCAACACAGGCCUGUCACCGGAGGAAGAGACUGCCCUUGCAGUUGCACUUGUCACGCCAGUGGUUGGCCUUGAAGAAUUUGGCUAUGUCACUAAAGCACCUACUGCAGCAGAGAUUGAGACUGCGAAGAAAGGGGUUGUCGAGUCUAAGGGCUGGGAAAAGUGCGAUCGGUGUGGUGGACGCUUUCAGGUCUUCCCUGGACGCCGCGAGGAUGGAGCGUUGACCAGCGGCGGUGAAUGUACCUAUCAUCCAGUUCGACCUAUGUAUCCGCCGCGCAAGAAAACGGACAAUGUCACCGGCGCGCAGGAAGCUUACUUUCCAUGCUGCACUGAAUCUGUGGGCGCUUCGUCAGGCUGCACCAAAGCCAAAACCCAUGUGUUCAAAGUAUCCGAGGUAAAGCGCCUUGCAACCAUCCUCCAGUUCGAAGAAACGCCAGCACAGCCCGAUAAAGGGCCCCUGGACCCCGUUUCUUUUGACUGCGAAAUGGGCUACACAACUCUGGGCUUAGAGCUCAUUCGUCUGACGGCUGUCAGCUGGCCGCAGGGUCGUGAUAUAUUGGAUGUUCUGGUUAAGCCUAUGGGCGAGGUGCUAGACCUCAACUCACGUUAUUCAGGUGUCUUCCCUGAACACUAUGCAACUGCUGUUCCUUAUGGCACCUCAACUACCGUUCAAGAGCAGGAUGGCAAAGACACCAAGCCACUGCAGGUUGUCGAUUCUCCUGCUGCAGCGCGAUCCCUUCUUUUCAAUUUCCUACAGCCCGAUACACCAUUAAUCGGCCAUGCAAUCGAUAACGAUCUUAACGUUUGCCGAAUCAUUCAUCCCGUUAUAAUAGAUACCGUGCUUCUAUACCCACACCCAAGAGGCCGUCUGCCCAGUCGCAUGAGUCUCAAAACACUGGCACAAAGGCAUCUUGACCGAGACAUCCAAAUGGGAGGAGACAAGGGUCACGACUCCAAGGAAGAUUCGAUUGCCACGGGUGACUUGGUGCGGGUGAAGGCAGGUGUGAUAUGGAAGCGGUUGGAGGCGAAAGGGUGGAAGUUUCAAAAUGGCAACUUAGUGGCACCUCCUGGUCAAGACAUCCAGAAUAUUAGAGAGGCAGCACAGGGAACUGGCGGUCCCCAGCGAAAGAAUCCAAGCGUCACAUAG